GUCAUGAACUGAGAAAAUAGUGUUGCCUGUGCGGAAACGCAGGGUCCCACGGGCGGGAGUUUAAGAAGAGGAAGCGAUCGGAGCGAAGUCAUUGUGUCGAACCGAGACGAUGUGGACGCGUGUGCUCAUUCUUUGUCUUCUUGCUGUCGCUGCUCAGUGUGCGGUGAGACGAUCCGCUGCUGUGGCCGUGGGCUUCCGGGAAAACUGCUUCCCAAAGCCGGGUGGUGGAUGCAAAUGCGAUAUCAAAGAUGGAGCGAUAGAUACUUUGAUAGAAUUUGCUACAGAUGAUGAAUGCAAGAAGCCCAUCGAGAUGGUCACAGCCGAGAACAAAAAGAAUCUUGCUAAGGAAAUCCAACAGAAGUUCGGAGGAUUCAAGGAUAACUGCUUCCCAAAACCGUCCGGAGGUUGUAAGUGCAAUGUUGACAUGGGAUUUGGAGAAGAAACUAGGGAAUUUUCUAGCGAUGCCGACUGCAAGAAAAGCAUCGAAAGACAAACGGCCGAAAAUAAGAAAGAGUUGAAUGAAGAAAUCAAAGAGAAGUUUGGAGAUUUCAAGGAGAACUGCUUCCCAAAGCCAGCUGGUGGAUGCAGAUGCAACGAGAAGGACUCACAAGGAAAUGAGGUUGUCACCGCCUACAACGACGCAGCUCAGUGCAGAAUCCGUUCCAAGCGUGACGUAGGAGCGACUGUCCAACGACAACCAGCUACAAUCAACCAACCAGCGCAGAAAUACCGUGCUCGCGAUCAACCGAGCCAAAAUGUUCGCGAUCCUGUCAGAGAACGUGCCCAGGCAAACUACGCAGCUGUGCUGGAUGAGUUGCACAACAAGUUCAAGGGAUUGAAGGAGGGAUGCUUCCCUCGACCAAAGGGAUGCCUCUGCGUAAUUGGAAAAACUGCCGAAGGACGAGACAUCACCGAGCGUCGCAUGAAGGACGCUGACUGCAAAUGUAAAGAGGGCGAAAGGGGACCGGGGUGCCCUGCUGCAUAGAGUAUUCGAUUUAUUAUGUGUACCACUGUGUUGAAUAUUUUCUGUAGUUUGGGUGUCGCCAAGUUGCCAUUGCUUUAUUGAUUACUUGCUUUUAUUUUUCAACUUGUAUUAUUUCUUCUUUUUUUAUUAUCAAUCUAUAAAAAUCUUCCCUAUU